AUGUUGAAGAGCAAAGGCAAAUACAAGGGCUCAAGUUCAAAGGAGCACAAGAUAGACUUGAGCAAAGUGACGUGUCAUCAUUGCAAGGAGGUUGGACACUUCAAGUCAAACUGUCCAAAGCUCAAAAAGGAGGACAAAGGAAAGAAGGAAAGGAAGAGAGUACUCAUGGCAGCCUGGGAGGAUCUUGAAAAUGACUCAAAUGAAGAAGAAGGAUCAGAAGGAGAUAACAAAGACUGCUUCAUGGCUGGAAACAACAAUCUUGAUGAGUUUGUGGCUUCUUCAUCAAAUACCAAAACUAUACCAAACAAAGUUAGUGUUAAAAAUGCUCCAACAUUUGAAGAAAAAUUUGAUGAAGUAUACACAAGUGAAACUGAGCGUUCACCAAAAACUGAACCGAGUUCAAACCGGCCAGGUUUGGGUUACAUUUCGAAAAAUGAGGAUGUUUUCAAGAAACCACCAUUUUACAACAAAACCUCAUUUUCGAAAGGAAAUCAAGCUCAGAAGGAUAAUGAAGCUGCUAAGAAUCAUGGAAAAGAAAAUUCUGGACAAGCUGAAGCAGAAACAGCAAAUGCUGAAAAUUCAAGAGACAAUUCCAUUUUGUCUCAUGAAUCUGAAGGAAAUUCUGCAGAUAGCAGCAUACAGAAUCCAUUGGUGACCGAAUCGGCCUCCAAGUCCACCAGACCUCGUGAAUGGAGAUUCUUGAAGAAUUAUCCUGAAGAAUUUGUAAUUGGGGACGUCUCUCAUGGAGUGCAAACUAGGUCUUCCACUAGAAAGGCAAAUGAAGGUUCAAACAUUGCCCUCCUCUCACAAAUGGAGCCUCAAAACGUCAAGGAAGCCCUUAGUGACCCCUCUUGGAUUAAGGCUAUGGAGGAUGAGCUUCUUGAGUAUGAGACAAUUCUGGGCAGAUGA